AUGGCUGCGAUCGGUGCUGCGAGCUCUGCCGUUUCCGGCGAUCCGGAUGUGUGCAUUCAAAGGUAUCGGGGUCUGAGGGCGUCUGGCUUGGCUCCCCUCUCGAGGUCCAUCCGAUCGGUGCCUCCAUCUCCUGCUAAGUUCUCCGGAGUAACCGCAGUCUCUACUGUGAGUAUCUUCUUCGCCGUCGUCGUCAGGCUCAUGGUCUUCUUCCUUCUUUCAUUCUGUGUCCUGCUUCAGACUAUCCCUUGCCAUGGUCUUCGUCCUCUAUGCAUUAAAGCUAUCAGGAUAUUUAUCCAUUGAAUGUGGUCUAGGUUCUGCUCUUAGCUUCCCUUUUAACCUUCUUCAUAGAUAUCUUCAUAGAUAGAAUGCCUUCACCAGUGAGCUCUCUGUGAAUCUGUAAGUAAAAUGGAAGAAGACGAAACGGACUCCUCCCAACUGACUAACCUCUAGAAGGGGUGGACAUCCGAAAAGAUGAUUAAUGGCGUAGUUUCAUGUGGAUAUCGUGUGAAAUCAUUCAGAAGGUUCUUCUUCCCACCAAGAACAACUCCCUCCCCCAACUAGCACCCUAAAAUAAGUUUAAAUUAUCCUAUAUUUCUACAAAAUUUGGAGGAACUUUAAUAUUUUUGAAACUUAUAUAUCCCAAAAAAAAUUCUAACGAAAAGCUCAUGAUUUUUCCUAAUAGAGCUCACACUAUCCUUGAUCCCUGUUGGGCCAUGACUUCUAUGUUCUACCUACUAUUGAAUGUAGAUUGAAAUGCCACAAUUGGUACUUGUAAAACCCUCAUAUGUUGGCAUGUAUAAACACUGCAAUGCCACAAUAUGUUCUACCUACCAUUCACUGUUUCAGUUUUGUUGGAGAGAUUUUCCGUAUCCUGUUCUUCAAUUUAUCAAAACUCUUUCCAGAGAUGGAAUCACAACAGGGAAAAAACAUUGUGUGAAUGAAGUUUCUCUGAAAUAAUGUGCCCUGCGAAGUUUUCCAUAAAAAAUCUGUGAAGGGGCUGUGUACUUCAAAAAAAGAACGGCAUCCAUGAACAGUAACAAAGUACUACUAUUAGGGAUGUAAUUGGAUCUGAAACUGCCAUGUGCUUUUAUUUAUAAUCUCAUUCCUUGAAGGCUGCUUGUUUUUACAAUUUAUUCUUUUCUACGUUUUUUAUUUUCUGGGGAAGGAGAUGGCGGGCGUUGUUGUUGUUUUCAGCAGGUUCUCCGUGAUAAUUGGCUCAAUUAACCGAGUGUUCUUACUUCUGCUCUCUCUUGCAUUUGCCUCAUCACUUGAGCUUUUCUUUGCAGCCCGUGAAGACUGACUCAGCUGAGACUAAACGGAGCAAGGUUGAAAUCUUUAAAGAGCAGAGCAACUUUCUCAGGUACCCUCUGAAGGAGGAGCUAGAAACAGAGGCGGGGAAUAUAAAUGAGGCUGCAACACAACUGAUCAAGUUCCACGGAAGUUAUCAGCAGACUAACAGAGACGAGCGUGGUGUAAAAUCAUAUCAAUUCAUGCUUCGCACCAAGAAUCCCUGCGGCAAGGUCACAAAUAAACUCUACUUGACCAUGGACGACCUUGCGGAUGAGUUUGGUAGCGGCACCCUCCGCUUGACCACCAGGCAAACAUUUCAGCUGCAUGGUAUUCUAAAGAAGAAUCUGAAGACUGUUUUGAGCACCAUUAUCAGGAGCAUGGGAUCUACACUUGGAGCAUGCGGCGAUCUGAACAGAAAUGUUCUCGCCCCUGCAGCACCCUUCACAAGGAAGGAUUAUCUAUUUGCUCAGGAGACUGCGGAUAACAUUGCUACGCUUCUAACUCCUCAGUCCGGUGCAUAUUAUGACCUGUGGGUUGAUGGGGAGAAAUUCAUGUCGGCAGAGCCUCCUGAGGUGGUGACAGCUCGUAAUGAUAACUCGCAUGGGACCAACUUCCCUGAUUCUCCAGAGCCCAUAUAUGGCACCCAGUUCCUGCCCAGGAAGUUCAAGAUCGCUGUUACUGUGCCCACUGAUAACUCUGUAGAUAUUCUCACUAAUGACAUCGGUGUGGUACUAGUAUCUGACGCUGAUGGGGAACCUCAAGGCUUCAAUAUUUAUGUAAGACAUAAAAAUUUCAUCCUUUGUGGAUUAUUUCUAUCUCGGAGGGUGAUAAAUGGCAUUUUUUCCGUUGUAAAUAUUUCUUUAAUUGUAGGUUGGAGGUGGCAUGGGGAGAACCCAUCGGGUGGAGACAACAUUCCCUUGCCUGGCGAAGCCUCUUGGUUACGUGCCGAAAGAAGAUAUCUUAUAUGCUGUGAAAGCCAUUGUUGUGGUGCAGCGUGAGCAUGGGAGAAGAGAUGAAAGGCGAUAUAGUAGAAUGAAGUAUUUGGUCAACGAAUGGGGAAUCGAAAAGUUUCGGAGUGUCACUGAGGAGUACUACGGCAAGAAGUUCGAGCCCUUCAAAGAGCUACCCGAAUGGGAAUUCGAGAGUUACCUUGGAUGGCAUGAGCAGGUGGUUACUACCAAAAUCAGUUAUUUUUUCUUUUUACCAAGAUUUUGUUGUAGCAAGCAUUCAUCUGCUGCUGUGCGCCGGAUUUGCAUGUCGUUUUCUAUUUUUGCUUACGAAGAAGAAACUCUGUGUUGUUGCCUUUCUUGGAAUUCUUGCAGGGUGACGGUGCGAUGUUCUGUGGACUUCACGUUGAUAAUGGUCGAAUUGGGGGGAAAAUGAAGAAAACGUUGAGGGAGAUAAUCGAAAAAUACAAUCUGAGUGUAAGAAUCACUCCAAACCAGAACCUAAUCCUCUGCGAUAUUCGCCAGACAUGGAGAAGGCCAAUCACCACCGCUCUUGCGCAGGCGGGCUUACUGGUAAUUGAUUUCAUGCAUUUAUGUGUUGCAAAAUGUUGAUCCUCCAAUCUAGCUCACAGUAGAUAACUUACACCCUAAUCCCCUGAGUAAAGUUGGUGUUGAGCUAGUAUCAGUUGAAUCUCAUAUCUGAUGAUUUCCCUCUCAACUUGUUAUUUUAUCAAGUAGAUUCUUAGAUAUCACUUAUAAACUUCCCUCGAGGUAUAAAGAAAACUGAGUAAAACAGCGCCUGCAGGCCAUUCAGAUGUUGAUAUGGAGUUCUCUAUGUAAAGUUCCAUAGAGGGAAAGAAAUUCCCCUGAGGAAUGAGCAUACAAUGGAGUACUACUAGGUUGGGUCUUUAAAGGUUGCUUUCUUCGUACUCAACAGCUGAUCCUCACUGUUUAUGCCAUUCACAGCUUCCUCGGUAUGUUGAUCCUCUUAACAUCACUGCAAUGGCGUGCCCAGCUCUACCGCUGUGUCCUCUGGCGAUAACAGAAGCUGAGCGAGGAAUACCAGAUAUUCUCAAACGAGUUAGGGCUGUUUUUGACAAGGUAAUCCAUUCUUCUAUGGUGCUACAGAUUUUAUGAUGAAUUUUUUUUUAUAUGCUUUCAUCAGGAAAAAUGGCUAGUCUGAGGACUAUGAAAUCUUGGUACUUGAUGUGUACGUUAUUUCAGGUUGGCCUCAAGUUCAAGGAGUCAGUCGUCAUUAGGGUCACUGGAUGUCCCAAUGGCUGUGCCAGGCCUUACAUGGCUGAGCUAGGGCUUGUUGGUGACGGACCCAAUAGUUAUCAGGUAAGAAAACAGAAAAAAAAAAACAAGAAAAAAAAAAAGUCGUUCUACUCUCCUGCUUAGAGAAUGUAACACAUGAAAUCACCAAGGAUUGAUGCUUUGCUGAGAGAUUUGGUUUGAUAUAAUAUAUAUUUUCCACUAAUUUAAUCCCUUUUGAAUGCAAUGUUCAGAUUUGGCUUGGAGGAACACCAAACCAGACAAAAUUAGCAAGGACCUUCAUGAAUAAGGUGAAGGUCCACGAUCUGGAGAAGGUUCUUGAACCAUUAUUCUACAACUGGAAAAGAAAGCGUUUGCAGGGAGAAUCGUUUGGUGACUUCACUAAUCGCAUCGUAAGUACCCCGUAACCAGCUUCCCUACCAAUGUUUCAGAAGCAUUUUGUGAUUGUUUUGUCUGUAAUUAUUCUCAGUAAAGAAAAAAGUAUGAACGUAUUCCUCACAGUAGAUAAGAUUUUUUGUUUUCUGUGAAAAGAUAAAACAGAACCUUUACAUAUAUUGACAAGUAGUGAUGAUUAUAUCUACAAAUGGGGUUCCAAACCAAAUAUGGUAGUUUAGGCAUGCUUAUGGGUCUGAAGUUGAUACCUUAUCUUGCUUCCACCAACUGGGCAAAACAUAAGCGAAGUUUGUCUGGUGAUGUUCAUCAGGGCUUCGAGAAACUCCAGAGCAUAGUGGAGAAAUGGGAAGGCCCAACAGAGAGCCCAUCAGGGUUCAAUCUCAGAGUUUUCUCCGACAGACAGACAUACGAAGCCAUGAACGAGCUCGCGCAGCUGCAGAACAAGACUGUUCACCAACUGGCAACGGAGGUCAUCCACAACUUCGUCUCAACCCAGCAGAAUGGCAAAGGAGCAUGA